ACCAUGCAUUUACGACAUUGGCUUGAUUUACCGCAAAAUGUACGCCCACUGAAAAAUUGAUACUUUCGUUUAGUUUUAAAUUUAGUUUUAACGUUACCUUUAAAUAUACCGAGAACACAAACAAACAAUGACUUUAUAACGGAUUUAUUUGUAUGCAAAUCAUAUGGCUAACAAGUUAUUCGAAGGUCAGAAGGCAGUAAAACUCUCCAUCGAUGACACAGUUCCACUUUCUUGUCAUAUUGACAGUGGAGAGAAAAUACAAGAUCAUGUGGAAUACACACUGAAGGUUCAACGAGGUCUGCUGGUAGAUCAGUGCUGGCUUUUGAGAAAACGUUAUACAGACUUUGUGAAUCUUGACUCGGAUCUCCGCAUGUCCAAUAUUGACCUUAACCUACCGCCUAAGAAGGCAUUCGGCAACUUCAACAGGGAGUUUAUUGCAGAGAGGCAAGUAGCAUUACAGACGUUUGUGAGUGAUCUGCUUAAGCGCCCUAUAUUGGCCAACUGCUUGCCUGUGAAGAGAUUCUUUGAUCCUGAUAACUACUCAGUCAACUUCCUUGAGGAGGCCCUGCAGCAUGUGUCCAUGGUGCUGAGGUCAGAGCCCAGCUGGGAAGUGGUAGAAUCCCUGCCCCAUAUAGGUUGGCGAAUCCGGAAGUCCUUUAUACUUGUGAAGCCAGUACACGAUCCCAAACUGCGAUACAUCCUGUCAUGGAACGAGUUUGGUCCCUACCGGUAUCUACCAAACAAGGAACUGUCGGCUCUCAUGAAUCUUCUCUGUGAUAUCAAACAUCCUCACAUCAUGUCCCCAUCUUUGUCCAUGUCCAACGAGAGUGGAGGUCUUGUUAUUCGUCCAUUUGGUGAAAAGGGAACUCUAAAAGACAUUAUAUGCAAGAGUAAACCAAAAAACCAUUUCUUAAAAAAAUAUGCCACAGCACCUGUCAAAAUUACAAGGAUGGACUUGAAUGCAGUAAGAACAUUUGGGCGUCAGAUUUUAGAAACUCUUCGGUUGUUACAUGAAAAAGGAUUGCCAUAUGGUAAUUUACAUACUGGCAACCUGGUUGUGAUAGGAGGACAAAUUCAGGUCCUGGAAUUGGAGAGUUGGUUACUAGGGUUACCUGGUUACCACAGGCAACACAUUCUACAGUUCAAGAAAAUUCAGACCACAGAGCAGAUGGAUGUGUAUUGUUUCGGCCACGUCCUGUAUGAAAUGACAUUUGGCAGUGAACUAAUGGCUGACAGCUGUAAUGACUUUCCCCCACAAUGCCCUGCUCAACUACGGUCAGUGCUGGAAUCUAUACUGACAACAGAAGCAUGCAAAAACGGUCUCCCCUCUGUGCAGAAUCUUCUAACUCAUCCGCUGUUUGCUGACGUCAGUCUGACCACCCAGGAGAAGCCGUACCUGAAGAUCCCCAGUAAGCUGAAGGAGCCACUGCGGAAGGCCAAGGAGGAGUUUGAGGCCAGGCUCAGGGAGGAACAGAAGAGGAUUUACAAGAAAGAAAAGGUCUCAAAAGCAAAGGAGUAUCACAUGUCAGAAGAUGUGAAGAAAGAACGAAGAAAAUCAAAAAAGAAAGCACUGGAGAGUGAGAGAGCAGCAGCUGCAGCCAUCGGCAACAACAGCCAGGGGGCAUCAGCACCAGCACCCCCCCUGGGUGCCCCACCCCCACCACCCCCUCCCAGCAACCUUGGGGCCCCACGGGCGCCACCUCCACCAGCGCCACCUGGCCCAGCUCCACUUCCACCAAUGUCAGCCCAGCCUCCAUCAACUGGGGGUCGGGGCGCCCUGCUCAGCUCCAUCACUGGCUUCAGCAAGGGAGGCCUCAAGAAGGCCGUCACAGUUGACAAGAGUGGACCCAAGUUGUAAAAAUAUUAGCUGCUUUAUGGACUAACUGGGCUUAAUGUAUGUGUGUAAAGAUUUGUCCCAGAUUAGCCGGUGCAGUCCAUAAUCUUAGACAACACUUUCUGCCUAAACUGGAUAUUCACACAAAAAAUACCAUACAAGCAGAAAGUGUCAUCUGUGAUAAGCCUGUGCAGACUUAAUGCGCAUGCAUUAAACCCAGUUUUCCAAGAUCAAGACUCAUAUAGAGAAUAUUUACGGAGCACACCAAAGUGCAUCUAAGGACAGAGAUUUCUUGCGUAUUUGCCUCCAUCUUGAAAGUAGUUCCUAUCAUGCAUCGAGACAAAUUACACAAAUUUGUGGAAAAGCAAUGAAGACUCAGUCAAUGUCACUUGCUGUCAUGCUCAGUACAAUUGUUCACUAGUACUAACCGGCUUGUAAUAUUACAUCUGUAAAUUGAGCUCAGAUAAUUGAAAAUUUGUCACAGAAUGUGAAACUAUCACAUAUUAAAAUAUAAGGCUACCAUAGUGCAAAAAGAAAAUUUUUGUGAGAUGUGCUUGAAAUAAAAAUAAGUCAUUUUAGCCACCAUGUAAAUCAUGUUAUUAAACACAUUCCAUUGUUCAGUAAUAAACAUUUGUAAACACAUACUCGUGAACAUUAAACUCUGUUACUUGAAUUGUUUCUUAAAUUUCAACCCUAUUUUGCUCUUGCUACUGUUUCACAUGUUAUUUGACAUCUUGCCACAUUUCAAUCAAGUUCUUAUCUUAAUAUUAAUUGACCAAUCAGCAAUCAAGAAAUCAGGUGCACCAGUUGCUAUUGAUCUCUCCGCAAUUUUCCAGACAAGCCGAAUAUCUAGAUUCUCAUUUUAUCAAUGAGUUUUGUUUAUUUUCUUUAAAAGAAAAAGAUGUUAAUGAAGGAUGGUUAAACAGUGUCAAUGGGGUUGACUUAACUCGGAUGACGGCAAUUUGGGAUUUAUAAUGUCAUAUUAGCAAUAUUUAAUUUGAAUAAUAUCAUGUUUUUAAUUAAAAUAAUUGCGUUAGUUAGCCUGUCUAGAUUUUAUAACAGCAAGGCCAUGUUACUAAGUGGGUGGAGCGAUCGCCUGCCAGGCAAAAUGUCAAUAACACUGUUUAACUGUAUUUUAAAGGGAUAUCUUUAUAAAUCUAUUUAUGCCUCGACUGUUUGUGUAAAGCUUGAUAUAGCUGUUGUAAUGGUUGAAUGUAUGUGAGUGUGAGAGAGGCUUGUCCUCAGUAGUCCAUAUGAGUUUGUCUUGACUGGAAGUUAAUCCUUUAUGAUUAUAUUUUUGAAUAAGUCACAAUAAAUGAUUAUCAUGAAACACUGAAAACGAUGUGUUUUGUUCAAGACCCAAUUCACCAGCUUUAAUGUCAAGUUCACACUAACAGGUCAAAGGUCAAGUUUUUGUACCACACGUAUGUUUAUGGAGGCUGCAUCUAUAUAUGCAACUUUAAAAUAACUUACCAUUAAUGUUCACUAUGUUCAGAUGCUGCGUAGCGUGGAAGACUCAUAUCCCUUUCUCAAAGGUCAAGGUAAUUUUUAAAGGUCAUAUUGGUCAUAGCUUGUUUUGACUGUAACGUCUAAAUUCAUCAAUUAAUUUUUAAAUGAACCAACUCUAAUGUUCACAAUUGACUGAGGGCAUGUUGGGUGCCCUCAAGAGGGCCGUCACAGUGAACAACAGCACACGCUAAAAAUAGUAGCUGUGUCCAUGAUUCAAAGUUCAAAGUCAUACCUGAAGAUCCAUUCUCAAAAUAUUGGCAUAAAAGUAAUAUAUGCAUCUUGACCGACUGCCUCUUAUCCGUCAAUGGGAUAAUUUCAGGUUCACACUAUUGAUUGGAAAGGUAUAUGUAUAACUCAUGGAAUAUUUCGCGAUUUCCUGACAGUUCCUAAUAUUCCAUGAGUUAUCUCCACACUCAGACCAACCAGCGGAAAACGGUUGAUACUCGCUGAAACCGCUUCCGGUUGGCCCUAUGAUAGUUAAUAAGGUAGAUGUACCUGUUUGAAGACUCAACUUCUCCAUCAAUUCGAGGCAUCGGCGGCCAUAUUUUCUCAAAUUUGACCACGUGAUUCCCCGCAUUGUAAUUAUGGCAGAGUUUUUUUCAUGGUAGUUUCAUUGAAAGCUGAAAAGUGUUUACUUGGAAUCGAACAGAUAAUGUAAUUACAUAAUAAUUGCUCAUUGAAGUUUUACAAUUGGAUUCAUAAUCAUCAAUGUUUUCAUAAUUUGUGUGAAUACUGGUAAACUUUAGAUUUGUUGCAAGGGUUUUGUAGAAACUGAUAUUAUUUCAUGUUAUUUAAUUGCCUUCUGUGGAUAUUGUUGUGUUACUGUAAUAGUAUAAGAUACAAUAUUCAUACUUAAAUAUUGUUUAAAAUGAACUGGUUGUUUUAUCUUAAUUUUGCUCAAACACUUGUUACAACUCAUAUUUGUUUACAUGUUUAAUCCACCCUUUCCAAGUGGGAUGCUAAUAUAGGAAUCCCAUUUGUCUAUUCAUCCAUCCCUGUACAUGUAUUCAUCAGUUGGUAAGUCUUUCUGUAUCAUUUUUGUGUCCAUUCUAUAUCCUCUUUAGCCUUUGCUUGAUGACUUUUGCCUAAAAUGUUAAGGUCAGUGAGAUAAUGAACAGAAGGCACAUAUAUAGUCAGACAUGCCGACUGAAUGUCAAUGUCAUACUUCAAAAGUUUGAGCCACAAUGUUUUUUUUAAAGAUUUUUAUUGAACUUUAUUCAAAUAUUAAGAUUAUUAAGAUAGUGUGCAGAAGGCGUGAAUCAGAAACGCAUGAUCAUGGUAAUGGUAACACUAAGAGGGCAACAAUUUGUCUUCAUUUGUGUAUCCAAUUCUUUUUGUAUUUGGUUGAAUGAUGUUCAAAGUGGAAGGAGCAAAGGAUUUCCACAUUUCUCUUUUUAAAAUAUUAAACGCGGUAAGCUUCUUGCUGCUGUUAAAUUAUGUUGUGGAAGACCAAAAAAUAUGUUCAUUUCUAACACAAAGGUAUCGUUUGUUCAUUGGUUCAAUUCUUAUCAAAAUUUUGUUCACAUUUACUGUACUUUAAGUAUACAUGUUUUGUUUAAUGUGUGACCUAAUACAGUUUCUUUGAGGAUAAGUAUUGUAAUGCAGUUUUGAAUUUGUAUAUCUGUUUUUAUAUGGCUGUAUAUAGUCCAGAAAUAUAUACUUGUCUGUUGAAAUUGUGCAAUAUUAAUGUAUCCUUGCCAUUAUUACUCGAACUGGCAUUAAAUAAAGAACUAACACUUA